AUGGAGCGGGGCGAGGCCUACGGCUUCUCCGCCGUCAUGAGCGGCACCUUUCUGCUGUCGUGCCUGCUCUUUGCGGCCAUCAACCGCCGCCAGCGCGGGCCCUACAUGGACGAGGCCUUCCACGUCCCCCAGGCGCAGGCCUACUGCCAUGGCCGCUUCCUGCAGUGGGACCCCAUGAUCACCACGCUGCCGGGCCUGUACCUGGCCUCGGUGGGAGUCGUGAAGCCGGCGGCCUGGCUCUUCGGGUGGACGGGAAGCGUGGUGUGCUCUGCGGCAAUGCUCCGCUUCAUUAACCUCCUUUUCAGUGCCGGGAACUUCUAUCUACUGUAUUUACUUCUGCUCAAGAUCCAUCAGAAGAAUAAGGCUGUGUCUGGUUUCCAGAGAAUCUUGUCUACAUUAACUCUUGCAAUGUUUCCCACCCUUUAUUUUUUUACAUUCCUUUAUUAUACAGACCCGGGAUCAGUAUUUUUUACUCUCUUUGCCUAUUUAAUGUGCCUUUAUGGUAACCAUAAAACUUCAGCUCUCCUUGGAUUUUGUGGCUUCAUGUUUCGUCAGACAAAUAUUGUGUGGACCGUUUUUUGUGCUGGAAACGUUGUUGCAGAGAAGCUAAAUGAAGCCUGGAAGACAGAGUUACAGAAAAAGAAAGAUGAAAAGAUUUCUUCCAGGAAAGGAUCACUUUCAGAUUUGAUGAGAAUAUUGAGGUUUCUUAUUAAAUAUCUCAUAUCACUUAAAAACUUAGUUACACUUACUGCUUUAACUUGGCCAUACAUCAUAUUAGUAACUGUGUUCUUUGUUUUUGUCUUCGUCAAUGAUGGCAUAGUUGUUGGUGACAGAAGUAGCCAUGAAGCCUGUUUGCACUUUCCUCAGCUGUUCUAUUUUCUGUCCUUUACUGUCUUUUUUUCAUUCCCUCAUUUAUUGACCCCUACUAAAAUCAGGAAAUUCCUUCUGUCAUUACGAAAGCACCCUGUGCAGUACAGCUUAAUCGCUGUCAUCUCUUUAUUCCUGAUCUGGAAAUUUACUUAUGUUCAUAAGUAUUUACUAGCAGAUAACAGACAUUAUACAUUCUAUGUCUGGAGAAAAAUCUUCCAAAGACAUGAGCUUGUAAAAUACAUAUUAGUUCCAGUCUAUAUGUUUGCUGGCUGGAGUUUUGCUGAUACACUAAAAUCAAAAUCAAUAUUCUGGAUCUUAAUGUAUUUUGUAUGUUUAUUAGCAGUCACAGUUCCUCAAAAAUUGCUAGAAUUUCGUUACUUUAUUUUGCCAUUCUUAAUAUAUAGGCUCAAUAUUCCAUUUCCAUCUCUAUAUAGACAGCUUCUGGAGUUGGCGUUUUAUAUUGUUGUGAAUGCCGUAACUUUUUAUCUUUUUCUAAACAAAACAUUCCAAUGGCCAAAUAGUGAUGAAAUCCAGAGGUUUAUGUGGUGACUUUUUUUCUUUUUUUUUUUUUUUUUGAUACUUUCAUACCCUUUGGAAAACCCAGUUCUUUUUCAGGACUGUGGACUCUGGAAUGAAGCAACAUGUUUUGCAUUAUGUGAAGACUUUUUUCCCCAGUUGGAAUUGGGGAAGUAAGCUGUUUGUUUGUAUUCUUGCAACUGAAUGUCAGAUCUGGUAUGUUGUAAUGUGAAGAUAUUCCAUAUAUUGAAUUUAUGAGCUCCUGGAAUUAACAAAUUCAACAUGAGGGAGAAUUUGAGAACACCUUUCUGUAAUUAAUGUGAAAUAAGGGAAAUGUUUACAGUUAUUUUUCAUUAUAAUAAAACAUUACGUAACAUGGCCUUGAAGGUCUGACAGUUUCUAAGUAUGUUUCAGAGGUUUCUGUUUAAAAUGAAGUAUUUCAGUGUUUAAUCUUUUUGUUCCCUCUGGGUGCAUAUUUACUUCUUGGAUCAGGCCACUUCCAUCUAGAUUUGCCAGCGGUCAAGGUAUGAGCUACUCCUGAAGUAUAAUGUUUUCAGAACCUCCUACAUCCCACUGAAUUUUCAUGAUUUUUUGUCAAUAAACGCUUACAUUACUUUUGCAAACACAAUGUAGGCUUUCAAAUCAUUAGAGCAUUUUGAAAAUUUUAUUUCAAACUGAUACUUAGAAAAUACAGUGGAGGCUAUGCGCGUGUACCUUCUUUGGGGAGUAAAUGUUAUUGCACAACAAAAGAUAAAUUGCAGUUGAUAAUGUGACCUAUUAGCAGGGGAGUAAUUUAUGUAUGUCAGACCCAAAUGUGUCGUUGCACAGUGGAAUGCAGUCUAAUGAAUACCCUUUUAAAUAAUCAGGCUUUUAUGUCCUGAGGUUCUGUGUUCACAGCUUUGUGUUGAAGUGGGAUAUGAGUGCACUCCUGAGUUCAGCCGAAUGUUUCUAACAUCUUUGAUGUGUAAUCUUAAAGAAAUACAAAUGGCAUUACUGAAUUGUUCUUUUAAAUGUUUUUCAUGUAUGUACAAAUCUAGUGGAACUAGGGAGUAUAUAUUUUGUUUUACAAAGGUAAAACGCAAUGUGUAUAUGUGUAUUUAUUUAUUUUUAAAAGGAUCUAGUGCAUUAUCAUUAGAAUAAAAGAAGUCUGUAAUGGUUCCUGUCAGUAAAUUACUUCAAUUAGGUGAUCAAUAUUUUUUAGU